AUGACUGCUGACGAUCGGCGGCCACGAACGGGUAAGCAGGAAGCGGUACGAGUGAUCGUUCGAUGUCGUCCGCUUUCCGAAGUCGAAAUCAGCCAAGGGCAUCAAAGCAUCGUUUCCAUGUAUCCCGAGCGUGGUCUUGUGGAGUUACGGAAUCCCAAAGAUUUGCAGGAACCAUCCAAGGACUUCACCUUUGAUGCCAUCUACAACGAAAGUUCAAAACAACUCGAUUUAUACGACGAAACGUUUCGGGACCUAGUCGAUUCAGUGUUGAACGGGUUUAAUGGCACCAUAUUUGCAUACGGUCAAACCGGUACAGGCAAGACAUACACGAUGGAGGGCAAACCAUCGAUUCCUGAGGAACGAGGGGUUAUUUUCAAUUGUUUUGAACACAUUUUUCAACACAUCGCUCGAUCUCGGAAUCAGAAAUACCUGGUCCGAGCUAGUUAUUUGGAAAUUUACCAGGAAGAGCUCCGGGACUUACUGAGUAAGGAUGAUCGUGUAAAAUUAGAGCUGAAAGAGAAGCCUGAUGUAGGUGUCUAUGUAAAAGAUCUUACGACAUUUCUGACCAAGUCAGUAGAAGAAAUAGAGCGUGUGAUGGCUGUUGGUAAUGCGAAUCGAUCAGUAGGGCGAACAAACAUGAAUGAACACUCAAGUAGGUCGCACGCCAUUUUUAUCGUCACUGUGGAAUGCUGUGAAACAGAUCCAGAAGGAGAAAACCAUAUACGUGUUGGCAGACUGAAUCUCGUUGAUUUGGCUGGAAGUGAAAGGCAAGCGAAAACUGGUGCCACUGGGGAGAGAUUCAAAGAGGCGACAAAGAUCAAUCUAUCAUUGUCGGCACUCGGUAACGUUAUCUCGGCUUUGGUUGAUGGUAAAAGCACGCAUAUACCCUAUCGAGAUAGUAAAUUAACCCGACUACUGCAAGACUCACUCGGUGGAAAUUCGAAAACGGUAAUGGUGGCAUGUAUAGGACCUGCUUCAUACAAUUUCGAAGAAACACUAGGUACCUUACGGUAUGCGAACCGAGCGAAGAACAUCAAGAACAAGCCAAAGAUCAACGAGGAUCCAAAGGAUGCCAUGUUGCGGGAGUUCCAGGACGAAAUUAUGCGCCUGCGAGCUAUGCUGGAAAAGAGGUCGAGGCGGAAAGGUCGAGGGGGAGAAUAUGACGAGUCCCGUGGUGAAGAGUAUUUCGACGAGCAGCAUCGGAAAAUUGCUGCCGAUCGCGAGCAUGCUCUCAAGGAUAAGACCCUCAUUCAAGAGGAGCGUCGGCGGAUCAUCGCAGACCUGGAAGAGCGGCAACGGCAGCUGGAACGUGAGCAACAAGCCCAACGAGAAGUAGCUGAGACAAUUGCCAAAAUGGAAAGUAAACUUCUUGGUGGGACAGAUCUGUUGGAUCACACCAGGCAGCAAGAAGCUGAGCUUGAAAAUCGACGGCGAGAGUUGGCUGAGCAAAAGAAACGCGAACGAGAAAUUCUGCAGCAACUUGAACAGCAGGAGGACGACACAGCGGAAAUUCAUCAAACGUACUCCAGCUUACAGCAAGAAGUCGAGGCAAAGACAAGAAAGCUUAGGAAACUGCAUUUAAAAUUGCAAAAGGCUCGAAGUGAACUGCACGACUCGGCUCUCCUGCAUUCACAAGAGCGGCAAGAUCUCGAAGCUUCUGUGACUGAGAUCAAUAAGGAGCUGAAAUUGAAGUGA